CAAUCCUUUGUAUGUCAAAAAAAUGUUAAUUAUGACAGGAAUUCUCGAGGUUAUGAAUUGGCAAAAAGGUUCAACUCUAAAUUCACACAUAUAUCACCCGUUUGGUAUGAUCUAAAGAGCCAACAGACUAGCUUAGUUCUAGAGGGGAGACAUAAUGCUGACAGAGGAUGGAUCUCAGAGCUUAGAAAGUCAGGAGAAGCUUUGAUUUUGCCUAGAGUUGUUCUGGAAGCAUCGCCAGCUGUGCUGUUGGGGAAGGAAAAACAAAGGAACAAAGCCAUUAAACUUAUAGUAACAGAGUGCAAGGAAAUGGGAUAUGAUGGUAUUGUUUUAGAAUCUUGGUCAAGGUGGGCAGCCUACGGUAUCUUGCAUGACCCAAACAUGCGGAAUUUGGCAUUGCAGUUUGUAAAACAGCUUGGAGAUGCACUGCAUUCUAUAGGCUCAGAGAACAUUAGUGGCCAGAAGCUGCAGUUAGUCUAUGUUAUAGGUCCACCAUCUUCCGAGAAACUGCAAGAGCAUGACUUUGGUCCUAAAGAUCUUGAGACUUUAAGUGAAGCUGUAGAUGGAUUCUCGUUAAUGACAUAUGAUUUUUCUAAUCCUCAUAAUCCUGGUCCUAAUGCACCUUUGAAAUGGAUUCAAAUUGUUCUGAAGCUGCUUCUUGGUAACUCUGGCAGUAGAGCCCAAAGUCUUACCCCCAAGAUACUUCUCGGCCUCAACUUCUAUGGAAAUGAUUUCUCCCUUUCAAGAGAUGCAGGUGGUGGUGGAGCUAUUAUUGGGAGAGAUUACCUGGCACUUUUGGAGAAGCAUAGGCCUGAACUGCAGUGGGAUAAGAAUAGCGGGGAACAUUUUUUCAUUUACAAUGACGACAAGGAUAUCAGACACGCGGUAUUCUAUCCAUCUUUGAAGUCAAUUUCUUUGCGGUUAGAAGAAGCUCGUUCAUGGGGAUGUGGCAUCUCGAUCUGGGAAAUUGGCCAAGGUUUGGAUUAUUUUUUUGAUCUUCUGUGAAACCCAUACUUUCAGAAGUUUUAUUUGAGGAAAUUUGCCGUUAGUUCAGAUACAACUUGAAAAGAUACGAUGAUGUCAUAU